CUAUCUAUCCAUCUAUCUAACUCGCUCCUCUCUCCCCAGGUGGGUUUCAUUAAUGGUUCAGGACAAAGUGUAGCCCCCUUUUGCCCAUGCAGCUGAAGCCCUCAUCCCAGUGCACGAUGAGUGUGAGCGCCUGCAGCGUUUCAUACCUGCGGAGGUGGCUGCUGAAGGCUCUGUUGUUCUUGGCCGCUGUGCUGCCGACGAGCGGUGACUGCCCCAAAUCAUGCGCCUGUUAUGUUCCCACCGAAGUGCACUGCACCUUCAGAUACCUGACCGCGAUACCUGACCACAUCCAGCCAGCUGUGGAAAGAAUUAACCUCGGGUACAACAGUAUAACUGUCUUGAGAGAAAGUGAUCUUUCAGGGCUUGAGAACUUAGAGCUGUUGAUGCUGCAUAGCAACACCAUACACAGUAUUGAAGACAGAGCCUUCCAAGACCUCAAGUCCUUACAGGUCCUGAAGAUGUCCUAUAAUAAAGUAAAAAAAAUCAACAAAGAGACAUUCAAAGGCCUGGACAGUGUGCUGAGACUCCACAUGGACCACAACCACAUUGAUUUCAUCAGCCCAGAGGCUUUCUACGGCCUAACCAACCUGCAGUUGGUCCACCUGGAGGGUAACCACCUCCAGCAGCUCCACCCGGACACAUUCAUCACGCUGAGGCACAGCCAGGUGUUCAAGGUGUCCUCAGUAAGAAACAUCCACCUGUCAGACAACCUCCUCACUACUCUGCCUGCAGACAUUUUCUCAGGCUGCAGCCAGUUAGAGAACGUCUUCCUCCACGGCAACCCCUGGACAUGUGACUGCCAUAUGACAUGGUUCCCACUGUGGAUACAGAGGAACACAGGUGUUCUGAAAUGUAAACGAGACAGGAGAUAUCCGAGAGGACAGCUGUGUCCUGUUUGUGAAAAUCCUGGCCCUUACCACAACAGACCUCUAUCCCUCCUCCCCAGCAAUGCCUUCACUUGCACCAAGCCCUGGAUCCAGCCUCAUCUAAAGCAGAAAAACAUCAGCCUGGACGAGGGAGAUUUUACUCCAGUUUCCCCCAAGGACUUCAUCGCCCCAUUAGGCUCCAUACAAAUGAACCUGACUGACCAGUUUCACAAUGAUGCUAGUCUAUCCUGCACUGUCCAGAGGCCCUCUGCUUUUGAGAACCUGACACAAACCUUGGAGGAGGAGGAGGGAAACAAUGUCACUGUGCUUACCACCAGCAUAACUACAUAUUUGGUGUGUAACAUCGACUACGAACACAUCCAGCAGCUGUGGCAGAUCUUGGCCACCUACAGCGACUCUCCCAUGUGGCUAGAGAGAGGUUUGAUGCUGGCCAGGAGCCCAGAAAUGGUGUACAGGUAUAGUCAGGUGAAAACAAAAGAGGGAGAGGAAGGAAUUCACACAAACAUUGAGGCCGAGAUGAAAGCCUCCCCUGCAUGGUUGAUGCAGGGAGAGGUGAGCUUCCAGCUUGACCGCACUACAACCACUUACUCUACUCUGCACAUUAAGUACCAGUCUGUGGUCAACUUACGUGUGGAAAAAACAUCACUUAAGAGGGACCGCUAUUCCUGGACCAUGAUCAAGAGAGAUAAUCAAACCAAGACUGAGCAUACUGUACUUACAGGUGGUGUUGCACAAUUAAGCUGUCAAAUCCAGGGGGAGCCAAAGCCUUUGCUGGAGUGGAUUUUACCCGAUGGAAGUAAAGUCAGAGCCCCUUUCUCCAGUGAGGACAGGAGAAUCAUAAUCACUGCUGAAGGAAAGCUCACUUUACGGGGUGCGGACGCCUCAGACACAGGCCUCUACCAAUGCAUUGCCACGAACUACCUGGAUGCAGACAUCCUUGUGUUUCGAGUGACAGUUCUGUCCCCUGAUGUGGAAGAAACUGAGGUCAAUGGGGUCCAACUCUCAAGGCCACUGGGUGAAAAUCUGGUAUUCGACUGUAGCUUCUCAGGGAGUCCUCAGGCCUCAGUACAGUGGAUCCUCCCUGAUCACUCAGUGCUGGACAAGUCUCACGGGAACAGAAAGGUCUAUAAGAAUGGAACACUGCAGAUUCAGGGGCUCACGGCAAGGGACCGAGGGUUUUACAGGUGCUUGGUUGCCAAUUACCUAGGAGCUGACCUGCUUGUGUCUCAGGUGACAGUGAUGGGUGAGACGUCUGAAAGGUUGCCAGUUUUGGACAUGGAGGGAUCAGGGAUAGACAUGGAGGUCAAGGUGGACCCUAGCUGGACAGAAAAGACAGCCACCCUCAAUGAGAGCCCCUCCUCCAGUCCCUCUGAUGGAACUAGUCAGGAAUCCAGGACCAUCACCUCAGAUCGACCUUAUCCCAGACUGAGAUCACAGGACAGAGGAGGCUCUGGAGGUAGACUGGGACAAAGAAGGAGGGGGUCAGUCAGCAACAGGCGCACCUGGAGUAGUAGGGUCUUUGAUAAAGCAUCCAGGAAAGUAGACCCACAGAAAUUUGCUGAAUUAAUGAAGAAGGCUCAGGAUGGAUCAAGAAUAAGGAGUGAGACAGAGAAAGAGAGGGUAAAGCAUGAACACCCUGGCCUUUCUGGUGAUGGUGAAAUCGGCUCUGGUGAGGAUCAAAAUGAGGACCAUCUUAUUGCAAUGCCAAGGAUAGUCAAACCAACUAAGGAUAAUCCUAAAGAUAAUGGAAUAUUUAGGCAAGCCAGCCAGACUGAAACACAGAUAGGUCAGGGUCAUAUUUUAGAAGUAGCAGGGGGUCAUCAAACUGUUAUGGAAACCACAGUUAGCAAUCACAUUGAUUUAAGUAAAGUAACAGAGAAUACAAACACACCAAUAACGGAGUUAUAUAUGCAGUCAGACUCUACACCUAUCAAGUCCACAUUCACAGAAAAUCCAGAGCUUUAUACACUGGAAAAAACCAGCAAGCCACCCUCAGACAUUCGCCCAGUCACUCUCCAACUUACUGUGACAGACACUUCACAAGAAACUCAGCUCCAGUUUUCAGGAGAGCAACCCGCAGAGCCAGAGACAUCCACAGGGGCAGCACUCUCAUUUACCACAGACCCUAACAUUACUCCAAUGAGGGACAGACAAGGCCCGGUGGAGCUAGUCAUCCACACAGACCAAGACAGCCAGACCACGUUCACAGCUGUCACCACCACAGAGAGACAGGAGGACGAAAUCACCUUCCACACCACACAAACAAUCAAAUCCCCGCGCCUGCCUGCAGGAUCCACCAUCAUCUCGCGGCAGCAGAUCCACAUCAUCCCUCACAAGAGCGGCAGAGGAGGGGGCCGCAGGAGGACCUUCCAAGGCCGCAGGAGAAUCAUAAAGCCCAACAGGAUCACUGACAUACGGUCCUUCAUCAGUAAAUUGAAACAGCCCUCAGUGAAGAAAGAAGGAAAUGCUUCGGUGCCAUAUCAGAUUGAACUGACUACUGACUGUGACUGUGAUGAAGACAAAAAGAGGACAGCAACCACUGGUGUGCAGGUGGUCAUGCCAACAGCUUCUUCCAGUUCAUCGCUAAGCAGAACAGAGAGACCAAACUAUUACAUUACUUUAAAUGCCCCUUUCACCCACACAGAGUCUAAGCCAGAUUCCAGUGGUUAUAUAACUUCUGCUGAUGCCCCUGAGUUUGACAUUACAAUUGAUCCUUUUUUGACCACAAAAAUAGAAACAUCUGUCUCAACCACGACCGCUACUACAACAGCCUCCAAGGUUAUUCGUGGAAGAAUUCCAUGGGACAGAUUGUUUGGAAGCAGAGAGAAGGAAAAGAUACUGGGCAGGCUGAGGAGGCCAUCAAUCACCCCAAAAUCCUCAACAACAACACAAACUACUACAGUGACCCUAACCACAAGCCCUGCUGCUAUGCCCACCACCACUGCAAACUCACUGGCUGAACCUGAGACUCUUUCCCCAUCCAGACGCACAGAGAGCAGAGAGAGCUCAUUAGAUGAUGACUACGGAGAUUUAUCCUCCGCAGAUUUUGAAUUCACAACACUGGGACCCAGUUUUCAACAUAUAACAACUACCAGUUCUCCCUAUUUCUCCGGGCACUCCACCACUGCUGAAACACCACCAGAAUCACAGACUCUGCCCUCCCCACCUACUAUCAAACCACCUUCAGUUAAAAAUCCUGAUGAAUCCUUAUCAUCUGGGUCUGGUGGACUCCCUGAUAAUUGGUUUAUAAACAGACAGAGGACUGGUGGGACAAGAGGACGGCAAGGGCGGAGAAGGAGGCCAUUUAAGGGCAGGAGACCCUUCAAGAAACCUGGAAUCAUUAAAGUACGCCCUACUACCACAACUGAGGCUUCAACUACCAGAGGCAACAACUAUGGAAGCAAGACACCCUUCAUCACCUCAACAUAUAACCCUACCACCACAUUUAUGCCAGCUACCACAAAAAGGUCUUACACAACAGUUCAGACUAGAGUCCAGAGCAACAGCAGACCACCAACACAGAGAAACAAUGGUCACAUCACUCGCAGGCCACCAACAAGGAGAACCAGACCUACUGUGCAAAGCAGUGUUGCUAGAGGCGGUUUAAAUAAAGGCCUCAACUUUGACACAGUGAUUAUCCUUAUAGCUGAGCAAGGAAACAUCAACACCCCUGCCCCAUACAACAACAUAGGCAUAGACAAUACCAUCUCUAGUGUUUAUAAUCAUGCCACUGGCAAUGAAGCUACAAGUGCCAACACUGCUGGCUUUGAACCCACUACAAAUCUCAUGACAAGCAAACCUAAGAUAGUUGGGGGCAAUGCAGCCAGUUUUACCGUUUUGUCCAACUCUGAUGCUUUCCUUCCAUGUGAGGCUGUUGGAAACCCCAAGCCAGAUAUAACCUGGAAACGCUUCUCCUCAAGCACAGGAAGCACCGUUACCAUCACAGGGAGGAUGGGCAAGUUUGAGGUGUUGAGCAAUGGCACUUUGUUCAUCCAGAAUGCGAACAUUAAGGACCGUGGCCAGUACCUCUGUCUAGCUGAGAAUGAUCAUGGAUCAGAUAAACUUCUUGUCACACUCUCUGUGGUGGCCUAUCCCUCACGCAUCCUGGAACCAAAAAUCCGUGAGAUAAAAUCUCAUGCAGGAAAUACUGUGGAGAUGAAAUGCAGAGCGGAGGGUCGACCCACGCCCAUGAUAUCCUGGAUUCUGGCCAACCGUACCCAAGUCAGAGGUCAAAACACAGAGAGAGGAAGGGUGUCAGUAUCUGCUGAGGGGACUCUGGUCAUUGAGCAUGUGUCAGUUUAUGACAGAGGUCAUUACAAAUGCAUCGCCAGUAAUCCAGCUGGAGCUGACACUGCCACAGUCCGACUGCAGGUGGUGGCAGCUCCACCGGGCAUCAUGGAGGAGAAACGGCAGCAGCUCAAAGCUAGCGUAAGCCAGAACUUAUGGCUACCCUGCACUGGCCAAGGCAGUCCUCAACCUGCUAUUCACUGGGUCCUCCAUGAUGGGACAAUGGUACAAUCUAACAGACCUGCCAGAGACAUGCAGAUAUCAGUGUACGAGAACGGGACGCUACACAUUAAGGAUGUGACUGAAGCAGACAGUGGGAAAUACGAAUGUAUUGCUACCAGCUCUACCGGCUCAGAGCGAAGGGUGGUGACUCUGACAGUCGAGAGACGGGAGUCUGCACCUCAAAUAGUGGAGACAUCCCAGCGUUUGACGGAAUUGUCCUUUGGGGAUCAGUUGAUACUUAACUGCUCAGCAACAGGAGAUCCCACGCCUAGGAUCAUCUGGAGGUUACCCUCUAAAGCUGUUGUGGACCGAUGGCACAGGAUGGGAAGUAGAAUCCAGGUCCUGGAUAAUGGUACUCUUACUGUUAACACUGUGAGUGAUAAAGAUGCUGGAGACUAUCUCUGUGUGGCAAGAAGCAAGAUUGGUGAUGAUCUCCAACUCAUGAGAGUCAGUGUGUCAAUGAAGCCAGCCAAGAUAGAGCCUAAGCUCUACGGCAAGAAGCAGGUACCAUAUGGUAAUGACUUGAAGGUCGACUGUAAAGCCUCAGGAGCACCAAAGCCAGAGAUCUCCUGGGGUCUACCAGAUGGUACAGUGGUUAACAGUGCUCUGCAGUCUGAUGCCAGCAGUGGAGGACGACGAACACGACGCUACACUCUGUUUGACAAUGGAACUCUUUACCUAAACCAGGUUGGUAUGUCAGAGGAAGGGGACUACACUUGCUAUGCUGAGAAUCAGGUGGGCAAGGAUGAGAUGCAUGUACACAUCACUGUGGUGACUGCUGCUCCCAGAAUACGUACAUCCAGCCAAACUUAUGCCACGGUGGGACCUGGAGGGAACAUCCGCUUUGACUGUGAAGCACUUGGGGAACCCAAACCCAAGAUCCUGUGGAUGUUGCCCACCAACGAUGUAAUUGCAGCAUCGAAUGAGCGCUACCUAAUGCAUGUCAAUGGUUCUCUGGAUAUUAGGGAUGUGAAGCUUAUUGAUGUUGGGGAAUAUGUUUGUAUGGCUCGCAACCCUGCUGGAGAAGAUAGAAAAGUCUACAAGCUUAAUAUAGACGGGAAUCCACCAGUGAUCAAUGGCUAUCGCCAGAACAGGACUGUAAUCAAAGAUGUAGCUGCUAAACACUCCAGGAAAUUAAUAGACUGUAAGGCUGAGGGUGAUCCCACUCCUAGUAUCACUUGGAUUAUGCCUGAUAACAUCUUCCUGACAGCACCAUACUUUGGCAGCAGGAUUAAUGUCCACCAUAAUGGGACGUUAGAGAUUCGUAAUGUGCGGCCAACUGAUACAGCAGAGUUCAUAUGCAUGGCAAGGAAUGAUGGAGGGGAGGCAGUAAUGGUUGUGCAGCUGGAGGUGACCAGUAUGUUCCGAAGGCCAAUCUUCAAGAACCCCUUCAAUGAACGUAUUGUGUCUCGGAUUGGGAAAACCACAGUUCUGAACUGCUCUGCAGACGGACACCCAGUGCCACAGAUCAUCUGGACUCUGCCUAAUGGAACACGUUUUACUGGUGGCCCUGACCGUGGCUCUCAUCACCACCUAGGCAACGAUGGAACGUUGAUCAUCUACAACCCUCACAAAGAGGAUGCUGGCAAGUACCGCUGUGGUGCCAAGAAUUUCAUGGGCUACAUAGAGAAGCUAAUAAUUCUGGAAGUUGGGCAGAAGCCUUACAUCCUGACAAGGCCAAGGGGUAUCAUACGCAGUGUGUCUGGGGAACCUCUCUUCCUUCACUGUCUGUCUGAUGGGAGUCCCAGACCCAGGAUCUACUGGACCAUCCCUGGUGGCCACACACUUAAUCGUCCUCAAGUCCUUGGGCGCUACCAGUUGUUAGACAAUGGCACUUUGGUUGUUCAGGGUACUACUCUCCAUGAUCGAGGGAACUAUAUCUGCAGAGCUCAGAACGAUGCUGGAGAGGCCGUGCUCACUGUUCCUGUUGUUAUCAUUGCAUACCCUCCACGGAUCACAACAGGGCCACCUCCCACUGUGAGGGCAGUGACCGGGACACCUAUUCAGCUCAACUGUGCUGCCAUUGGAAUUCCCAAGCCAGAGAUAACCUGGGAGCUGCCCGAUCAUUCAGUUCUAUCAACGGCAGAUCAGGGUCGACCUAUGGGAAGUGAACUGCUCCAUCCUCAGGGCACACUUAUCAUCCAGAGGCCCACAGCCUCAGACACAGGCACAUACAAGUGCCUGGCCAAGAACCACCUAGGUACAGACUCAAAGAUCACAUAUAUACGUGUUGUGUGAGGAAAAGACAUAAUUGAGGGAGGACAGUGGCAUAUCUGAAUGUAAACAUUAACAAACACACAAUCACUUGCGGCGAUGUACAUGCUUCUCUCAUUUUGUGAGGAUCAUGGCUUGUGGAAUAUAAUUUUAAAACUGACGUGGAUAAAAAAUAACAUAAACAGAGCACAAGAAGAGAAAAGAAACAGACAUUUUAAAGGGAGAAAAUGUUGUUUUUUUAACUGGAAACCCCAGCCUGGGGCUAGAAAUUUGUUAUUGUAACUUUGGAACUGGGUGCCUGGAAAUUCAUAGGUGGUUCUCAUUUGCGGUGGUUCUCGUGGGAGUAAAGGGCCAGUGCAUAAAGUCAAACUUAUAGUGAUUUCUCUGUCCAGGCAUUGCUGGCUGCACAUAGGGAUACUAUUACAGCACAUACAGAGGGGGACACAAAUUGUGCAGCAGAUUGCAAGUAAGAAAAAAGGCUCCCAAGAGGAUUUUAAUACCAUUUAGACAGUGGCCAGAAUUUGUUGCUGUCAUGACAUGUUGCUUUGUGCUUUAACAGCAAAUUAAAAAAGACAAUCAGGGUGUAUAGAAAAUAUAUUUUAAGGGCAAUACAUUGAAUUUCACAGUGGAAAAAAUAGGUUUCUUCAAAAAUAUAUGUGGCGUGUUUUACACUGGAUACAUAUCUGCAUUGACAAUAUAGUGCCUUCAUACCAGAAUAGCCUGAUCAGAUUUCUUCAUUAUACUUUUUUAUUUUUUGAUGACUAGUAUAAAACAGAUUCCUUUAUGUCUUUUUGCAGUUCAGUUUGUUGGUCAAAAAAAUCAGAAACACACUAUCAGUUUAUUGUGUUGUACACAAGAAUUUACAGUAAUGUUAUACAUUAUGCUAAUCUGUAAUAAUACAGUAUGUAUAUCUAUUUGUAGUAUCUACUUUAUCAAAGUAUGGGAUAAAAACUGAAAUUAAAAAAACAUGAUUCAUGC